CGCUAGAGGGCGCUGUAGCGGGCGGCCUGGGGGCAGGCGGCACGGGGCCGCCUCUCUCUCCAGCCCCCGCGCCAGUUCCUUGCCUCUUCCUCCUUCUACGGUUUAGGUUCGGGUUGCUGCCACCGCCGCCCCCGUCGCCGCCAAGCCAUGGACCGGAACCCUUCGCCUCCAUGGAGAGAGUUGGAGGCUGAGGCCGAAACCGAGGCCGAGGGCGCAAGGGGAGACGCCAUUGGGGCCACGAUCUACAGCAAGCACUGGCUCUUCGGCGUCCUCAGCAGCCUCAUCCAGCUUAUUAACCCUGAGAAAGCCAAAGCAGAUGACCAGGAAGAGGAACCGACAGAAUUGGAUGAAGAAUUGGAGAAUGAAAUUUGCAGAGUGUGGGACAUGUCCAUGGAUAAGGAUGUAGCUUUAUUUCUCUAUGAAUUUAAUGCUCCAGACAUAUUUAUGGGAGUGUUGGCCAAGACCAAGUGUCCUCGACUAAUGGAAAUUUGCGUGGGAAUUUUGGGUAAUAUGGCCUGUUUCCAGGAGAUAUGUGUAUCUAUCAGUAAUGAUAAAAAUAUUGGACAGACAUUGUUGCACUGCUUAUAUGAUUUGGAUCCUCCUACUCUGCUGGAAAUAAGCAGGUUAUUGCUAACAUGCCUUUCUCAGCCACAAGUGGCCAAUGUUUGGGUUGAAAGGAUACGGGAAAAUCCAGCAGUCUAUGAUAGCAUUUGUUUCAUCAUGUCAAGUUCAACAAAUGUUGACUUGCUGGUGAAAGUGGGUGAAGUGGUUGACAAGCUCUUUGACUUAGAUGAGAAGCUAAUGGUGGAAUGGAUUAGAAAUGGUACUGAUGAGGUCCUAGACCAGUCCUCUGAAGAUCUGGAAGAGAAACCCCCACUGAAGAUUGUCCCCUGUGUUCUUGAAGCUGCUAAACAAAUUCGUUCAGAUAACCCAGUAGGACUGGAUGUUUAUAUGCAUAUCUUACAACUACUUACCACUGUGGAUGAUGGAAUUCAAGCAAUUGUUCAGCUCCCUGAUGCUGGAAGAGAUACUUGGAAUUUUCUUUCUGAUCUGGCCUGCCAUGAAUUCUGUCAGCCUGAUGAUCCACCAAUCAUACUUCAGGAACAGAAAACAGUGCUGGCAUCCAUCUUCUCAGUGUUAUCUGCUGUAUAUGUGUCACAGGCUGAACAGGAGUAUAUAAAGAUGGAAAAAAAUCUGCCUCUAAUUGGCAGCUUGAUUCGGGUCUUGCACAACAUGGAGGACUGUCAGCAAAGAUCCGUGAACUUAGAUUCUAACACAGAAGAAACUGAAAAGUCAGAAGUAACUGAGGACGAUUUCCACUUGACAGUCUUGAAGGAUGUUUCGUGUGAAUUACUUUCUAAUGUUUUUCAGGAUUUGACAAAGGAGAAUAUCAUUCAGGCACUAAAGGAAGACCAUCUAAACAAGCAGAAGUGUUUUUGUGCAUUUAAAAACCUUCUUCCCUUGUACUGCUCUGUGGUAGAAGACUUCCUUAAAGUCCUUUGUGAUGUUGACAAGCUGCUAGCAGAUGACCUGGAGAAGGAUUUACCAAGUUUGAAGGCACAGACCAAAAACUAGAACAGAACAGCCCAUUCUUAAGGAAAAGACUGUUUCUUUCUAGACUAAAAAAUGUGAUGAGCUGCAACUUCCACAAAACAUUGCUGACCUUCUGGAACUUGUAAAUGGCAACAGAGGAAGAUGACUUGUGGAAGUAGGCUAGGGAACCUCAUGGAAUGUGACUGCCCUACAUUUCUCCUCUUUGUAUAUUGUGUUCACAAGUAUAAACAUUAUUGACUGCGUUGGUUUGUCAGCUUCAGUGGAAGCAAAUCGAGCUAGUAUUAAGGUGUAGACUGGGAAUGCUUCAUAGAACUUGAACCUAAAUUUUUUGGCAGAAUUUAAAAAUUAAUUUGUUUAUGUAAUUAUGUCAGUGAUCAGGGUAUUUAAAAACCUUGGAAGAAGAAGUAAAAUGCAUUAGAAUUUGAUUUUAGAUGGAUUUGUUAACAGGGCCAACAUUCAACAGUAUUGUGUCUGGGAAAGUAGAAAUGUUGCCCUGGCUGAGUGAGCACAAUUACUUAUGGAAAUCCCUUUUUGCAACUUAAUUGCAGGAGCAGUUCAUAAAAUAAUUGGUUUCAAAUCACUGAACUGUUUUUGAGUAAUUCCUCUAAGCUCCUCUGACUGGAUUACAAUGGAACUCAUGACUUUUUGCUCAUCAGACUUUGGCAAUGCUCUCUAUGUUUUUUGUCAACUGUGACCAUUUUCACUGGACUGGAAUAUCAGAAUUCUACUAUCCCUGGCUUCUAUCAUUUCCACAAACUUAAAAUGGAGAAUUAACAGAAAAGUUUGGUUUUUGUUCAUUAUAGACUCCAAAGUCAUGCCCAGCAGAUUUUGGUAGUAUUUCCUUGUUCGUGUCAUGUCUUUUUUUGGCUUGCAAAUGCUAAUUUAGAACAUAUUUUUGCCUUUCAUGGCAAAGCUUUCCCACACAGCAAAUGAAAAAGUAAUUGAGUUAGCCAUGUGGAAGUAAAUGGCUUUUCUGUUGUUGAAAUGAGAUUUUAUACAUGUUUUUGCAUAGUUUCUGGAUCUCUUUAUUUUUCACAAGGAUAUUUGUAUAUAAAAUUACAUAUGCAAUUACUGAAGCCACAACUGAUAGAUUUCUUUUGUAUUUUUGUUCAUGGGUUUGGUGCUGACUUUAAUAUAAAUAGAGCAGGUGGCUGAAAUAAUCCCACACAAUCAGAGAAAAAAGGCCAUGCCUAUAUAUACACAGGUGGUACAUUUCAACCUGGUGCUAGAAAUUCUCCUGUUAGAUAUGAUUGUCUUUUACCUGCCUGUGUACUGUUAAAAUACUCCUUGGAAGGGCAAUGAUUAUUAGACAUAAAAGUGAACUUUACAUCCUCUCAUAAAAAGGAGUUUUCAUUGGGGUAAAAAAACUUUUAACAAACACUCUGGUCACCUAAGGGUAAGAGAAUACCCCUGAUGGAUCAAUUUCAAAGGUAGAUGGGAGCAGUGGAGUUCUGUCUACUCAGUUUUCACAGUCUUCCAUGACAUGUUUUUCCUUGUUCAAAUGAGGUCUUAUAAUGCUGUAUAGAUGCUAUAUUAUAUUUUGAUAUAGUUAAAAACUUUACCCCAAAACUAAAUAAAAAUUAAGUGUAAAUUGA